AAAAUAAAGUACAAAAGGAAACAAAAAAAACCACGACAGCACCGUCAUUAAAAUUUUACAAAUCCGUCGUUUUGCUCCGUUGAUCGGCAGGUGAAAGCUUCGUCAUCACCGUCUCAUUCUCUCUGGUUUCUCUUUCUUUAUUCUUCUCUUGAUGACGCCGCCGAGACCACCGUCUGGGCGAGGAAGAGGAAAGCCGCUGCGUGGUUAUUCGGAAUCAGAGAAGAUGAUGGAUGGUACCGGUAGUUGGGAUACGCUUGAUUGGACCAAACUCGAUUCAGCUUCAGGGUCAGGCUCCUUUGCCAAUUUGAGUUGCUUGCUGGAAUCGGAGAAGGUCGUCGUCGAGGGUUAUGGAGUUGUGCUUAUUAACACCGAUGAGGCAGGAACCUUGUUGGUGACAAAUUUCCGUAUUCUUUUUUUGAGUGAAGGAACCAGAAAGGUCAUUCCACUCGGAACAAUUCCAUUGGCAACUAUUGAGAAGUUUAACAAAUUGGUGCUGAAAGUUCAAUCCAACCCUCGUCAGUCUGACAGGAAUCCACCACGACGUCUUUUACAGGUCACUGGAAAAGACAUGAGGAUUAUUGUUUAUGGUUUUCGUCCUCGAACCAAGCAGAGACGUUCAGUGUUUGAUGCAUUACUGAAAUGUAGCAAGCCAGAGAGAGUAUGGGAUCUUUAUACUUUUGCUUGUGGGCCUUCCAAAUUUGGUAACGCAAACCCAAAGGAAAGAUUGCUUAAUGAAUAUUUCCGUCUUCUCGGAAAAAGUUCAAUACGAGCAUCAGCGGAUAUGAUUGAAGAUGGUUCGUUCACAUUGUCCAAUGAGCUGUGGCGAAUAAGUGACUUGAACUCCAAUUAUAACUUGUGUCAGACGUACCCAUUUGCCUUUAUGGUUCCAAAAUCCAUAAGUGAUGAAGAGCUACUCCAAGCAUGUUCUUUCCGGGCAAGAUGUCGUUUACCUGUGAUCACGUGGUGUCAGCCAGGAAGUGGAGCUGUGAUAGCACGCUCAUCACAACCUCUUGUGGGUCUUAUGAUGAAUAUGAGAAGUAGUUUUGAUGAAAAACUUGUUGCUGCGUUCUGCUCUCAGUUAGCUGAUGCAAAGGGAGAACGAAGGAAGCUAUAUAUUGCCGAUGCAAGACCUAGGAAAAAUGCAUUAGCAAAUGGAGCCAUGGGAGGCGGCUCAGAAUCAUCGUCAAACUAUUUUCAAUCUGAAAUUGUUUUCUUUGGCAUAGACAAUAUACAUGGAAUGAGGGAGAGCUUUUCCCGCCUUAGAGAUUAUUUAGACAUGCACGGUACAACAUCAUCUGAUGGGAGAUCAUCGUUCUUAAGACACGGUGGUUGGACCUGGGGAGGAGGCAAUCUUAGUAGUAUGUCUGCUUCAGUAUCUUUACUUGGAGACAGUGGUUGGUUGAUACAUAUCCAGAACGUUUUAGCUGGCGCAGCAUGGAUUGCUGCUCGUGUUGCUAUGGAGUCGGCAUCAGUUCUUGUGCACUGCAGUGAUGGAUGGGACAGAACAACUCAGCUGGUUUCUCUUGCAUGCAUAUUACUUGAUCCAUACUACAGGACUUUUGCUGGGUUUCAGGCUCUUGUCGAAAAGGAUUGGCUUGCCUUUGGUCACCCGUUUUCGGAUCGUGUAGGAAUGCCUAACAUAUCAGGAUCCGGUAGUUUUGACUUACCAAGACAGUCUUCUUCGGCUGGAAGUUUCCCUUCAUCUCCUGUGCGUCAGUCUUCAGGAUCAGCAGCCUCACAAUCUUCAAACUCUUCCCAUGGGCAUAACAAUUAUUCGCCUAUAUUUAUUCAGUGGAUUGAUAGCGUUUCACAGCUGAUGCGGAUGUAUCCUUGUGCUUUUGAGUUUUCUCCGACUUUCCUGGUAGAUUUUAUGGAUUGCUUGCUUUCAUGUCGCUUUGGGAACUUCUUAUGCAACAGUGAAAAAGAGAGGGAACAAUGUGGGAUUGCUGAUGCAUGCNUUCUUGGUGUUUUGAUGCUUAAAGUCUUGAUCUUCUGGAAUUCCAUGAUUUUAGUGAUGGUUGAGUNACAAUGUAGAGCUAUGACAGUGAAAUAUUCAGAAAUGCAAAAGGAGAAAGAAGCAGCAGAAAGAAGAGUGGACGAGAUAUCUUUCGCAAUGGAGUCAUUAAGUGCAGAGUUGCUAAGAGAGAGACAUAUGAGUUGGUUAGCUAGGGAAUCAGCAAACCGAGCCACCAAGGAAUAUGCAGCUUUAACACGAGCAGUACAAUCACUCGGCUGCAAGAUUAACUUCAGCAGAUCUGACGUUGAAGACGACCCAAGGGCAGGCUCUCUGGAGAAUAACCCUAGGAGACGAAACAGACAAGGGAACAACUCAGAUGUUUCUGUAUCAAUCUCACUAAUGUCUGAAGAAAACAGAUCUGAAAACCCGAUAGGACAAGUUUGUGAAGCGUUGUGUCCAUUGCGUACAAGAGAAGGAUUAUGUCGAUGGCCUGAAGCGGGAUGUGCUCAUGUUGGAAGUCAGUUUGUCGGGUUAAAAGCAAACUUUGAUGCGUUUGACCGGCUUGCCAUCGACGAUAGCUAUUUCCAAUCUAAAUGAAAGAAUUAAACUCUGAAGGAAGCUGUGAUAUUUGUAACAGUAUAGAGCCAAUGGAGGAUCAGAAUCAUCAAUAAAAAACAGUCUGAAGAAAAGGCGGGAGCAUAACCAUAUAAACUGACAAUGACACCCUGAGUUUUUGGAACAAGGGAGUUUCUCAUCUUGUUACUUUUGUGUAUAGCUAAAAACAUUAUUUUUUUUCUUAACCACUAAACAGUUAUUUAAUUUAGAUCUAUGAUUCUUUUUGGUUAAAAGUGAAAAAAAGUUGGGUGAAAGUGAUGUACAGUUUCAAAUAAAUUGACUAUUUAUAAUUA